GGUCAACUCAGGUUGGUGCCACUGCUUGUAAGAUGGCAGUCGUAAACAGAAUUUAUUUAUUUUCACGUAUUUCUAUUACGCCAAAAAUAUUACUGGACCCGAUAAACAGAGUAUGUGGAGGAAGACGAUUUGAUUCAACGUCUGUUUCUUCAGAUGGUGAAGUUUCUAAUAGCAGUCUCUCCACUACACCGAUUAUACGCAGAACACUAGCUUGCCCUCCUGAGUACAAAAGAGUACAACAAGCUUGGGUUGAAAACCUCAACACUGUGGAAGAACAGAAGCUGGGACUAAUUGACCUACAUCCCGAUGUAUUUGGUGCACAGCCAAGAAUUGACAUUAUUCACGAAAAUGUAGAAUGGCAAACAAAAUAUAGAAAAGUGCGAUAUGAUCACACAAAAACUCGCGCAGAAGUUCGUGGGGGUGGAAGGAAACCGUGGCCACAAAAAGGUACUGGGAAAGCUCGUCAUGGAAGCAUACGUUCACCCCUGUGGCGAGGAGGCGGCAUUGCUCACGGUCCUCGAUCUCCACAAACCUACUUCUAUAUGUUACCAUUCUACACCAGAGUUCAUGGAUUAAUAUCUUGCCUUUCCAUAAAACUAGCACAGGAUGACCUGCACGUCGUGAAUUCUCUAGAAAUUCCAACAGACGAUCCAAAAUAUAUCGAGGAUCUUGUAGAGAAUCGCAACUGGGGACCAUCUGUCCUUCUUGUGGAUGAGAUUGACAUUAUGCCAAGAAACAUCACUGCUGCAACUGAUUCCAUAUUACACAUAAACCUGAUGCCUGUUUAUGGAUUGAAUGUGUUCAGCAUGUUGAAACACGACACUCUGGUACUCACUAUGGCAGCAGUGAAUCGUAUUGAAGAGAAACUUCUAUACCAACUAAAUAGGCCCGACUUCAUGGAUGUUACAAAGAAGUUCAUGUUAAAUCAGAAUGGCUAGGCCAGUAGCUUCACCUUGUCCUUUGUAAAAUACGAUGUGGCUUAUUCAGCCUGUAAUCAGUUUAUACUUUAAAUGGAUUUAUAUACAUCUGUAUCAUUAAAGAACUGCAACACCUCAAA